AUGAGCUUAAAUAGAAUUCAAGAAAAAGCUUAGUAAUUCACUUUUGGAUCAGAGUAAUUUACUAUUUCAAAUAUUCCUAAUUUUCUAAUGAUUCCAAAUUACCACCUUUUAAUAAAAUUUCGAGGUCUAAUAUAUAAUUACCUUUUCAAUAUUAAAAUGAUUUAUGAAUAUGUCAGAAAAGAGAAUUAUCUCUAAAAUUGA